GUUUUGCUGGACUUAAUUAGCAAUCGCGAGACGAUCGCUUCUGUCGCCCUUCAGAGUGACCUGGUUCGCGAGGAAGACUCGGAUCUGACAGAAGCGGACAUGGUUGAGAUCCAAAAUAUGAUCGCAGAGGAGCAGCGACGAAUCGAUGGACAUCCGCCUUUAGCUCCUACAGUGCCGGCGCUUGCCCAGAUGCCGACACAGCAACAGCAGCAAAUACAGCAGCAACUGCAGCAACGGAUUCUGCAGCAACAGUACCUACAAAUGCUGCAACUACACCAACAAAGUCAGCAGCAGCAACAGGUACAGCACCAGCAGCAUCAACAGCACCAGCAGCAGCACCAACAGCAGCAACAACAGCCGAAUCCACAGCUCUUUCUUCAUGAACAUCAAAAGCAGCAGCAGCAGCAGCAGUCCCAGCAUUCAGGUCAGAUUCAGUAUUCUCAACCUCUGGCUGAGCAUGUCGACACCAACGCUCGCGUAAGAGAUGAUACUUGGGCAAGACUUUUGGAUGAACAGGGAAUCCAUGGUCCUACUUCUUCAGGGUCAGAGUUAGGGUCAGGGCCUGCGGUGACUAGCAUUCAGAUGCCCGCAGUGCAGGCGCCAGUAAAUUCUGCUCAGCGACUUUGGCAUUCUUAUACCUCAAUUAGUAUGCCGCAGACGGCAGGGCAGGAACAACAGCCAGGACUAGCGACAUUCACGGCAGGGCCGAUCAGUAACAUGCCACAGCAAAUCCCGCCAUCGUCACUGCCAAGACCUAUUUCGAUUACGAUGCCGACAACAACCCCGGUCGCAUUGUCGUCAUCUUCCGCCACUCUCCCCACGGGUGGCCCAAGUGAUCCAAUUUUGCUCGAAGAUGUAGGAUCGCCCAUGGACUCUCUAAUCCCAAGUACGGAGUCAUAUUCAUCCAGCAUGUCUAUCACAUCGGGAGAGCAGCAGCGGCAGCAGCAGGGGGGAAACACGAUAAGUGCUGGUUUGAGCAGCAACGACACAGACCUAACAUUCAAAAACGCUCUGGAAUAAUAUCAUGUGGAUCGGGCAAAGCAGUCUUAGAGGACCCGAGCGUUGACGCGGAGCUCGAUAAAAAGGGUCAUGGAUGGCGUCCGUCAUAAGAGGUCGUUCCUGACAAUGAAUCAUGAGCUGUCUUGAACAAUAGUAUGAAUGAAAU